GUAAACAAUGUGGUCUUUAAUUUUUUCGUUAUGGGGAAAAUAUUUUAUCAAGUCAUUUUUUCAUAAUCAAUAAUAGUCUGCCAAUUGUGAAGAAAUAUUAUGGUGGUAGUUGAGAAGUCGCAUGAGAUUGGACGCGUUAAUAGAAUUCCAAGAGCACAGAGUCAACGUCCCAUGUGAAUUCCUUCUCAGAACACAAAUAUUAUUCUUUGAAUGUGAAACUUGUGCAUCUUGAAGAUAAAUCUUGUAUAAUUGACACUUGAAUUGGAUAUUUCUGAACACUAUUUAAUUCACCAUUAUUGAUAAACAACAAUGGCAAACAUAUAUCCAUCGCUACCUCGAUUGUCAGUAAAAGAUAGUUUUGAUGAUGAAGAUUUGACUGAUAUUGAUGAUGAAGUAUUUAUAAGAGAUGGAAAAAUUAGUGGAGGAAAAAAAAUUAAUGAUGAUGGUGGAGUAAAAAGGCCAUUAAUGGCACCAAGAAGAAAAGCUCAAAUGAAUUUUAAACAUCAAAAAAUAUCAUCAAGAGCUUUACUGUUACCUAUCUGCUACGGACUAAUGGCGCUAGUCAUACUUUUAGGAUUGAUUCCACUCUGCGUAAUAAUAAUCAAUAUAUUCCCUGUACCUUUGAAUGUUAUACAAAAUUUUUUUCCUGCUAAAGUAAAAUCGAUUACGAAUGCCACCGAUAUUCCACCUUGUACUUCACUCGCUUCAAAUGUUGUUUGGGUCAAAACAUUACCUAAAUUAACUUCAGAAGCUCCUUUAAGAAGUUUGGAUGUUAAUAAUGAUAAUAUCGAUGACAUUAUUAUUGGAUUCAGUACAGGAUUAGACACGCUUGAUGCGCCAUCCUUCCUCUGCAAUCUCUAUUUCAAUAAACAACCACCAUGUUUAGGAGGAAUUUUGGCAUUAAAUGGAAAAAACGGUGAAACAUUAUGGACACAUUGGACAGAACAUGCAAUUUUUUCAAUUGAUUGUGCACAAGAUAUCAAUGAUGAUAAGAUAAAAGAUUGUAUAAUAACUGGACGUGAUGGAAUAUUACAUGUUAUAAAUGGACAUGACGGAAGCAUCAUUUGGCAAAUUUCUAUCAAAGAUUUUCCAAAUGAAGAAAUUGUUCUGAAUGUUUAUGAUGCACGUUUCAUUGAUGAUGUUGAUGAUGAUAACAUCGGUGAUGUGAUAGCUUCGCAUACAAUACAAGCAGGAAAUUUACGAUUUAGUGAAAUUGUCAUUUUUUCUGGAAAGAAAGGAGAUAUUAUAAAAACUGUCGAAUUCUCGAAACAUGAACAAUUAUUUAUUGCUCCACAAAUAUUAAUUCAUCCAGAUGGAGAAAUAAUUUACUUACUAUCUUCAAGUACUUCUGUACAGUUGCAAGGAGGGCUCUAUAUAAUUUCUCAAACUGAUUUUCUGUACACAAAUUUGGCAAAUUUAAAAACAUUACAACAUGGUAGUGGAAUUUUACUAGCCCCUAUUUUAGUUGAUGUAACAUUAGAUGGUACAGCUGAUAUUAUAGUGUCAUCAUUGAAUUCAAAAAUUACCGCUUAUGAUGGUUUAACUUUUGAGUUAAUCUGGAACUAUACAGUACCUGAUUCAAAAGUAAUAAGUAUACCUAUACCUGGUUAUUAUAAUGACGAUAGUAUUCCUGACAUUAUGGUUAAACACCAAAUUGAUCCAAUAUAUUCUUUAUCAACCAUUUUGGACGGUAGAACAGGGAAACCAUUAUUAGAAGAACCAAUAAAAGACAGUGGAAAUGGACAAAUGUCUGGUUUAUCUCUUUCAGUUGAUGGAUCUGGUAACGAUUGGUUUUUAUAUUGGUCAGCCAAUUGUCUAAAUCAUGAUAAUAUGGAAUAUAGAUAUCAUUUUUCACAAGGUCAGACUCUUUUAUCAGUAAGUCAUGCAAAUUUAUGUAGAUUAAAGUUCAAUACAACAUUAAAUACACGAUUAAUGGCCAUGAGUCAGCAUAUUGGACCACCAGGACAGUCUUUGUAUUUUUCCAAAGAUUGGAAAUCAGUCGAAUUAAAUAAUUCUAUUGAUUAUCAAUUUAAGAAAAGUGAAAAUAGAUUUGAUUCAAUUUUAUCUACAGACGAAAUAAAUAAUGGAAUGGAAAAUGGACCAAUGAUGGCUCAACAGUCAUCAAAUAUUUUGAGAAUAAAUUCAGUCAAAGAUGAAAAAUAUCCAAUAGUUGUUGAUAAUGAUGAUGAUGAUGAUGGUAAUGAUAAAAAAAAUAUUUAUUCUAAUUAUGGUACUGAUUUUAAGCCAAAAAUGUCGAAUGAUUUUCCUGAUGAUGAAUUGGAUUGGAAUACUUUACGAUUAGAAAAUAAUGUUCGAUAUAAUGAACCAUCUAAUGAUAAUUUAAAACAUGAGAUUGAACAAAAUGAAUUUGUUGAUGCUUCUUUACUUGAAAGAAAAAAACGUAAUCUCGAUAGUGAAAUAAAUCAAAGUAUUCAAAGACAACCCCAAACAGGACUUAUAUUACCAUCAUUGUCAAAUAAUUCUAACAAAGUGUCUGUGGAUUUAAUUUUUUCAACAUACUGGCUACCACCAUCAAAAGUAUCUCUUCUACAGCAAGAUCUUGAGUGUAUUCGUAUUAAAGAAGAAAAAGCUAUGCGAAAACUAACAUUGUACGAACGCGAAAAUAAUAUUGAAGAAUGUCUAGCUGAUCGUGGCAUUAAUUAUCAAUCAUAUAAAGAAAAAAUACGUAACGAAAAUACUAAUUUUGGACAAAUGACCGUGUAUAGAAUUAAGUUGGAAUGUAUUUGUCCUGACGAUUUAUUAUCUGGACAAUCAUGUAAAAAUAUUUCAAUUCAUCAAAGAUGGCCAGCACAUUUAGGACAAUCAGGAGAUGGAUAUUUUUUGCCAUUUCUUAAAUAACAUAUUUAAAAAUUUUCAAUAAAUAUCUACUAAAAAUAUUAUUAUAAAAAA